UUUAUAUAUAUAUUUGAGGAUUUAUAAACCCAAGUCGACUUUUUCACUGAUCACAUAUAUCAUGAAAUCACUGUUUUACAGUAGGUUCUUUAUCCUUCUGCCUUGGGUUCUGAUUGUAAUUAUAAUGAUAGACAUUGACACUAACCGAUCCUUAGCCAGGAGUCAAGCGCAUCUUUAUUUCUCAAGACUCGGAAAUUCACAGCGACUGGGUAGAACAACCCACAAUGACAAUAAUAACCACUCGUCUUUGCCAACAAUCUAUGCCAUAACCCCAACAUACAGACGGGCGGUGCAGAAAGCGGAGCUCACCCGCUUGGCUAACACUUUCCGCCAGGUACCCCGUUUCCAUUGGAUUUUGGUGGAGGAUUCUAACAUGCGAACGGAGCUCGUAUCCCGCUUCUUAGCGCGCUCGGGGGUCCCUUACACACACCUGCAUGUGCUGACCCCCAGGAGGUAUAAGCGAGCUGGGUUACCGAGGGCUACCGAACAAAGGAACGCGGGGCUCGGCUGGCUCCGGCAGCACCGUUCCCAUCGGGACUUCGGGGUCGUUUUUUUUGCAGAUGAUGACAACACUUACAGUCUGGAGCUCUUUGAGGAGAUGCGCUCAACACGGAGGGUGUCAGUGUGGCCAGUGGGUCUAGUAGGUGGCCGUCGGUAUGAGCGCCCCCUAGUGGACAAAGGCAGAGUGGUGGGUUGGUACACGGGCUGGAGGGCAGACAGGCCCUUUGCCAUUGACAUGGCAGGAUUUUCAGUGAAUCUUCAAGUUAUUCUGGCAAACCCCAAAGCUGUGUUCAAACGCCGGGGAUCCCAGCCAGGAAUGCAGGAAUCUGAUUUCCUAAAGCAGAUAACAAAAGUGGAAGAACUGGAACCCAAAGCACGGAGUUGUACCAAGGUCCUCGUUUGGCACACUCGAACUGAAAAAGUGAACCUAGGGAAUGAGACUAAACAUCACCAGGACACCAUUCAGAUUGAGGUUUAAUAAAGGUAGUAUUACAAAAGGCAUACAGUGAAGACUGGAAUACAAAAUGCUUAUCACAGCUGAUCUUCCAAGCUUUCUUCAGUCUGUCUCCAUGAAACAGGACCAGGUACUCAUUCGACGGGCCUUUAUCCGAUCGACGGAAUAUCAGAUGACUUUGGAACCAAUACAGUGCGUUUUUGUCUCCACCUGCAUGCAUUUUUAUUCUUGUUCUAAACUUUAUUUAAUGCUGUGCUCUGAAUAAAGUCCGACAUUUAUAAAAUCUUAAGAAGCAAGAUAAAAUGGGUAUGGGAUGGACCAUUUUGAGGAUUUUCUGUGAUGCUGUACAUCGUCCUCUAGAAAAUGAAAAUGUCACAUGCCUACAGAUUACAAAUGGUUUGUCAGCAGGUGGUCUACAAUUC